GAUGUCUGCAGGGACAUGCUGUUAGGCGACGACUUGUCUCUGUUUAUACAGUAUGGCGGUGAAGACGGCAGGAGAUUGGCCCAGCAGGAGAAGCCGCUCGAGAUACAGGACCAAUUUCUCCAAAAGCUCGGCUACCAGGACGUAUCGAGACGAUCCCGGCUGGGAGUCGAUCCUGAAUUACGACACCUCGUUGCCUUCCACGUGGGACCCGCAUCCCCAUUACCAGAUCUGGCCGGGUACAGCCGUUGCGGGCACGCGUUGGUGUUGAAGGGGUUGGUUUUUCCCCAGUGGAAGCGACGACCCUUGGCUGUCAUCGGAUCCAGGCUCUUCCUUUAUCCGGCCUGUCCGGAGUCGAGGCCCGAGUGGAUGGAGCUGAGCGGGGGUGGAGGCGCGGUCUGUUACGCGCCGUCACGGAUAGGUAAACUGGUGCUGCGUAUCACUGGAUUUCCAAGGGUCACUCAGCAGUGUCAUCAAACCCGGCAACAAGGGGACGGUCACCAUCGCGAGACUAGACACUUGUACCUCGGCUUUCACCACCCGUGGGACCGGGAUCUGUGGAAAAGUUGGAUUAAACAGGCAAUACAAUUGUCAUCUUGCCCGAAGCAGCUGGAUCUCAGCAACGGAGGUCUGUCACGAAUUCCUGACAGCGCUAUAGCGUUCCCCGCCAUAGAGGAGCUGAUAUUAAGCCAAAAUCAACUAACAAACGUCAACAACAAUCUGGCGCUUCUGCACAGGUUCCCCAAACUUCAUAUCCUCCAUCUGGAGAGCAACGAACUGAAGAGAAUUCCGGUGGAAUUACUGGAGCUCCGGGGGCUGACCUACCUCAAUCUUUCAGACAACAAAAUCGAGAAGAUCCCAGCCGACAUAAUCCAGCUUAUCAACUUGAAAGAGUUAAUCUUGGAUCGUAAUGGAAUCAAGGACCUACCGCACGAGCUCGGCGAGCUGAGGAACUUGAGAAAUAUUUCCUUGGCUGGAAAUUGCCUCAGCAGUCUGCCGUCUUUCUUCAACAUGCGAGCCCUCGCGCUAACGGAUGUUUUGCCGAAGCCCGAUCAUAGUAAAGGCUUCAAAGAUGAAAAAACCAGUCAGAAUAAUUUAUAUAAAGUCAACCUACGAAAUAAUCAGUUAAAAGGAAACAUUAUUCUAGGAAAUUAUGGAAAUUUAACGCAUCUAGACGUGAGUGAAAAUAGCAUUGAGAAAUUGGACAUCAGUGCUCUUCAAGAAUUGAGAAGCAUUCGUUGCGCGCGAAAUAUUUUAACAGAACUCACUGUAUGCGGUAGGAACCUAAUUUCGCUUAUUGCCGGAAAUAACAAAUUAAAAAAAUUGACCAUAGAACCUGUGCCAGUGAAUCUUGAACACCUUGAUGUUUCAUAUAACAACUUGGAUGCCCUUCCAGAAUGGACGCCGGAUCUACCGGUAUUACGUGCCCUUUUCGCCUCUCACAAUGCCCUGACUGCCCUCCCAGACAGGCUGCUAACGCAGCCGUCGAGGCUAGAGGUCCUUCAUCUACCCCACAAUAGGCUACAAGCCCUUCCACCGCCUAGGAAACCGUUGAACAUCGUUCAUCUGACACUGCAAGACAAUGCGUUGACCGCGUUGCCAGCGAGUUUCUUCUCCAACACCGAAAAAAUGAAGGUUCUAAAUCUCUCCAACAACCGAUUGUCGGAACUUCCCGCCCCGGUGGACGGAAGUAAAAGCCGACAGGGCAACCACAGUUUGGAGAAAUUGUACCUCACUGCGAAUUGUUUAACGGACACCGCUUUGGACGCUCUUGCAAAAUUAACGUCCCUGCGAAUUCUUCAUAUUGCAUACAACACAUUAGAUACUCUUCCAGAAAGCUGCACGGCUUCGUGGAGUGACCUGGAAGAAUUAGUAUUAUCCGGGAAUCGACUUCAGUACCUGCCGGACAACGUAGCUAAUUUACGUCAUUUACGUGUGCUACGCGUUCAUUCUAACAGGCUUCUAAAAGCUAAAUGGACGAACUCUGUUCAGGUGUUGGAUUUAGCCCAUAAUCAAUUGGACAGGGUGAACCUGGCGACAUUAGUGCCACCUCAACUGCAGUUUCUGGACAUCUCCUGCAAUUCGAGACUCCACGUGGAUCCUCGACAAUUCCAAGUCUACCGUUCCCAACGUCCGAUAUCGUUAGUCGAUGUGUCAGGACAAAAUAGACCGAGCCUGCCCUCUCACCCUCAUCAGCAGGAGAUUGUUUCCGCGGAGAAGGGUGCCGAACAGCCAUGGAGACUGGGAUUUUCGGAAACGGCAGGUUCUAGGGAAAGAUUAUACGUCUCGCAAGUCAGAAUGCCGUCGUUCUGCAACGUGGAAGGUCUGUUCGGUAUAUUCGACGGUGGCUCGAAUCAAGAAGCGCCCAGUGCCCUUCAAGAAAUGAUACCCCGCCUCCUGUUGGAAGAGCGAACCGUCCGGGAGACGUCGAAGGAGUACUUAAAAUACACGCUGCUCUCGGCUCACAGAGAGCUGAAAGAAAAGGGUCAGAAGUACGGUGUUGACGCGACUCUGGUGCACAUUGUCAGACUUCAAUCCCAACAAGGCUACCCUAAAGCACCGACAAGAUACUCAUUGAAGGUGGCCUCAUCCGGGGACGCGAAGGCGGUCCUUUGCAGAGCGGCUGGUCCGUUGACCCUGGCCCCGCCCAAGAAAGUUCCAGUCACAAAUCAGCUGGGGAACGCUGCCAUGUUCCCUCUGGUGGUGCCCGACCCGACCUUCGAGGAAGUCGAUCUGGAGGACGACGAUGAAUUCGUGAUAAUCGCGAACCGACGAUUGUGGGAGGUGUUAAGUAUACAGGAAGCCGUUCGAGAAGCCAGAGCCGAGGCCAGUCCCGUUCUAGCCGCGAAAAGGUUGCAAGACCUGGCGCAGGCUUAUGGCGCGGAGGAUAAUCUGAGCAUCGUGGUGGUUCGAUUAACCGGACCGAAUCAAGGCGAUUUGGAUCAGCUGAUGAGAGAAUUGAGGCAUGCGGUUGGAAAGAAUAGGGGUCACACGGAGGGGGCUUGUCCUUGCCCCUGUUGCGUGCCACCGGCCGCACACAAACCACCAGGACCUUGCUGUUGUCACGCGAACGAGGGUUAUUACUUGAACGGCGUGUUGAAAAGCAUCGUGAACAGGACUAACAAAGCUCACAAUGGGUCAGGCAGAUUCUUCAAGAACCGCCGACCUGCGCAAGAGAAUGAGAGUCCACCGUACAAAGACGAUAGGAGCUCGCCAAGCGGUCAAUCCGAUCAGGCCAGCGACAGUACGUUCAAAUCGAGACAUCCAUCCGGCCGAGUCUGGGCUGGAAGCGCCGCUUCCAGGGCCACGAACAAAGCUCGACAAAGUGUCUUGGUGCAUGAAAAUGGAGGGAGAAAGAUACCGACCUGCCACGGGGCCCAAGAAGACACCGUCUCUGAAAGGUCUGGCGCAUUAAGCGAGGAGCAGUUCCGUUGCUGGGAGUACAUGCUCGAGCAGAAUACCCAGCUCUUAUUCGACAAGGAAUUGGACACUUUAUCGAGGACCCCAUUGCGCCGGGGUCAAUCGAGAUCCACGCCUCAAUUAGGAGGCAAUUUGCCUUUUCUAUCGAAGAGAUUCGGGAGCGCGAGAUCCUUUAAUCCCUCCCUUCCGCGGCCGCCUAUCGUACGGUUCGGUAGCGGCAGGAGAUUACUGAACGGCGGUCCGAAUGCGGCUUACUUCGGUAGCCUGCAAAGGCUGAUGCCGUAUAAUCUCGAAUACGAUUUCGCCGUCAUUCAGGAAAGAAACGGAUUAGACUCGCUGGAACAGGACGCGACGCGGAUGCAACAGUACUGGGGGGUAGCCACAACCGAGCUGUGA